AUGCGAUUCUCCUAUGAUGAUUUACUUGACUCAUCCGACGAAGAAGGGGACUACGAGACGUUUAUUACUAGAAGCUCUUCACCAUGCUCAUCAGCGGGACCUAGUUUCAAUGAUGUGAGCUUUGUUAACCCAAAUGAGGAAGAUGAGAAUGUACCGCACCUCUAUUUACCCAAGAGAGAUUCGUUGGCGUUUACGCUGGCUAAGCAGGAACCACUGGAGGAACCAGCCGUUGAGCAAUUGGAUUCCGAGCUGGAGCAAUUAAUUGGUAAGUUGAACCUUCAAGCCAAAAGCCCGUACGUCGAAGGGGCUCCAUUGCCUCUAAUGAAGAGUGGGAACAAGUCAAUUACGAAUUCUGAACCUUCUGUAUCGCGGGAAAAGGAUGAUGAUACGUAUGUAUUUGAUUCACAAAGAAUGAUUUCAGCCAUACAGAAUUCUUUUGCCAUACGAUUAAGAACACUGGAAUUGGACAAUAAGAAACAGGUGGAAGAGAUCAAGUUACAAAAGAAGAAGUUGGAAGCGGAAAGGAAACGUAAGGAAGAAGAGGAACGUAAAAGACGUGAGGAAGAGGAGAGACGAAAACGUGAAGAAGAAGCGGCAAGGUUACGGGAGGUUGAGCAGGAGAGAAAACAAAAGGAAGAGGCUCUUAAGCUGAAGAAGCUGAAGGAGGAAGCUCAGGAACAGGCUGAAAAAGCCAAAAAAGAAGCUGAAGAGAGAGACCGACUGAAACAGCAAGCCAUCAAGGCAAAGACUGUUUCCGAUUUUUCCACCAUUGAGAAGAAAUUUUGGGAGUAUAAGGAGAAAAUAUCAUCAAUUAAGAAAGAGAUCGUUGAACCUAUCAAAAAGGCCGAUCCUAGUCUAAAAACUCUUUUAUCUAAGCAUAAAAGGAAAGUUAACCCCAAAUUUGGUCAGUUGACGAACAGCAACACUCAACUUCAAACCAUUCACCAGGAACUGUGUAACCUCGUGGAUCAAACUAAAGAUAACAAGCUGGCGUAUCUAUGGAUUUUGAAUUUCAUAGCCAAGGCAACGGUACAUCAGGCGGAAACUGAAGUGAGAGUUAAGCCAGAGUCAGCGCUACCACUAGCGAAACUUGCCGUAAACCUUAUGGUACGAUACGAAGAGCUUCAUGAUCUUUUAAUGGCAAGACUCGUCAAGAAGUGCCCAUUUGUCAUAGGAUUUACCUGUAAUAUAGACACAGAAUCUGGACGUCAAAAUAUGGGCUGGAAGCGAAAGGCAGACGAUAAAUGGGAGGAAGAUACAUCCUACGACGAAAGAAUGGGCGGUAUGGUGACACUUUACGCAGUUAUCACCAGGAUACCACUGCCUCCAGAGAUCAUAAGCACACAUACUCAUCCGAUGCCCAUCUCGGGCUCAUGGCAUAUGCUUGCGCGUAUUGCAAACACACAAGGCAAUUUACUGACUAACUCACAUUUCGUGAUUCUAGGAUCCUGGUGGGAUGCUGCUGCAGCUCAGUUCCUACAGGCAUAUGGCAACCAAGGCAGUAAACUGUUACAAUUACUAGGUGAUGGCCUUACAUCAGCCGUCGCAGAUCGCAAAUACGUCGGUGCGGCAAGACUGCGAAUCCUUCUGGAAGAGUGGCAAACUACCGGUAUCAAGUCCUUCCCAGAAAUGGUGGUCUAA